AUGCCGUGGGCCGUGUGGUGGUUUUUUGCCGUUUGCCUGGCGGCAGCCCAAGGGUUGUCCACCGACUACGUGGCGGCACGGCAGGGCGAUUCUGUUGCGUGCCAGAGAUUCUUGGCAGGGGGCGGCAUCACGGACCUGGCAGACACUCCAGACGGCCUGUCCUGGGAUCCCACCGGCACGCUCGAGUCCUGGCGGCGCCAAAACCUCGAGGAUGUGGGCGUCAUCCUGCACGGCCGGUACGCACCGGUCAGCGGCCCGACGCUCCGGAAGUCCGAGCUCGACGUGCGGCUCGAGCAGCUGGACGCGCAGCUGCUGCAGGCGGCCCCGGCGUGCGGCCCCCGGUGCCAGGCAGAGCAACGCCAAGCUCUCGUUGCGUUCUACGCGGCCGCCGGCGGGCCGACGUGGGAGGACGUCACCGCGCGGCGCGUCUGGAACUCGUCGCUGCACCACUGCUGCUGGCCCGGAGUCCUGUGCUGCACGGCUGAGCACGCGAUCGCGAUUGAAGCCUUCGACCAAGCGGGCCAGCUUCUCGGAGCCACGAACUUCGGCGCGGCGGCCUCCGCGGGGUGCGUGCGGCCCGGCGGGGUCGUGUCGGUGUUCCUCGCGCCGCCGAACGCGAUCGGAUCCGCCUCCGCGACGGACGCCGACGCCAGCAUGAUACAAAUGCAACCACGCACCCUCCCCGACGGCUUCUUCUCCUCCGCGCUCCGGACCUCGCUGGAGUACUUCGACGUCGCGCGCAUGGGUCUCUCCGGCACCGUCCCGGCCGACAUCGUCUCCGCCGUGCUCCUCCGCACCCUCGACCUCGCCAGCAACGCGCUCUCCGGCGAACUCGUCGACGCCGCCCCCGGAGGCGUCCCGGCGCCCGGCGCCUACGGCUGGGGCCUUCUCGCGCUGCUGGAGCGGCUCGAUCUCUCGAACAACCGCCUCUCCGGCCGCUUCCCCGCGUCGCUGGCCUCGCUGCCGCGCAUGCGCGACCUGGUCGUGCGCGGCAACCCCUUCACGUCGCUGCCGAGCCUGUUCGGGUGCACGCAGCUGCCGAACCUACGGCGCGCGGACCUCACGGGCCUCACGCUGGCCGACGACGUCUUCAAGGACUCGUGCGCGGCGCUGCGCGACCCGGACAUCGGCCCCGAUGUGUUUCUGUCGCCGCGCCCCGUGCCCGCGAUGGACUCUCGCGCGAUCAACGGGCUCUCGCUCCGCGCCGCGGGGCUGACCGCGCGCCUGCACGACACGCUGGUGUGCCGCAACGCCUACCAGCGGCUGGACCUGGCAGAAAACCCAGGACUGACUGGGAGCAUUCCGUGGUGCCUGCCGCUGGUGCCGGGCCUGCGCGACCUGCGCCUGAACAACGCGGGGCUCGAGGGCGACCUCCCCGAGUCGACGUUCGCGUCGGACCUGCAGAUUCUGGACGUGACGAACAACAGGGCGCUGAGCGGGAGGCUGCCGAGGCGGCUGGCGGAGAACUUCGGGCGGCGGCCGCGGCUGGACAACCUCGCCGUGUUCCUCGCGGCGAACACUUCGAUGUUCGACGCGCUCCCCGAGGACCUCGACCGCGUGCUGUCGCUCUCGCGGCUCGACGUGGGCGACACGCUGAUGAGCCACGACCGCUCCAGGCCGAACUCGCGCGGGGAGCUGCUGCCGGAGUACCUCACGUUCGACUACUCCGGGCCGCGGAGCGUGCGGGCGGUCCGUGUGCGCGGGGCCGACGCCACCGACGAAACGGUUCCCACCUGUCGCGCGGUGAUUUGGCACCCCGCCGCGGUGUCAGAAGGCCACCUGUUCGUUCCGGCGGCGCGAGUCUCGCCCUUCUACCACCACUUCACGGAGUGCGGGUGCACGAGCGACCACGAGCUGACCUGGCAGGACCCGUCGCCUGACGAGCUCGCCCUGUUCAACCACGCGCGCUCCUCGCCGCUGUACCCGCCGCCAGGGCCCGAGCGCGACGCGUUCGAGGCGGUGCACAUCCCGCGCUACCCCGUGUGCGUCCACGUCGGCGACCCCAGCAUCAAGCCGGAGGCCGUCGCGGGCAUCUCGGUUGCGGCGGUGGUGACGCUCGUGCUGCUCGCGGCAGUGGUGCUGCUCUUUGUGUACCGCAGGCAGCUGUACACGGCGCUGCUCAUGGCGCGCAAGCGCGCCGGGCCGCCGCGGUCGGGCGAGGUGACGAUGGUCGUCACCGACGUGAUGUCGAGUACGCUGUGUUGGGAGGCAUCGCCCGUCGCCAUGUCGCACGCCAACAUCUUGCACGACGAGAUCGUCAGGCAGACGGCCAAGCACUGCUUCGGGUACGAGGUCACUACGGAGGGCGACAGCUUCACUCUCGUCUUCCACGAGCCCUCGGAUGCGAUCGCGUUCUGCCUCCAGGCCCAGGUGGCGCUGGCGAGCGCGGACUGGCCGCCGCAGCUGCUCGAGGUCCUCCCCAAGGACAACGUGCGCGCGGACUUGUUCCAGGGGCUCCUGGUCCGCCUGGGCGUCGCGACCGGGCACGCUGAGCGCAUCUACACGCACAGCGUCACCCGGCGCAUGCAGUACGAGGGCGGCGUGGCGGCCAGGGCGCUGGCGAUCUCGGAGAUCACCGAGGGCGGGCAGAUCCUGAUCGACGAGCGCACGCUCGAGGUCGCGCAGAACAACGCGCGCUGGGGGGAGCUCGCUUCCGAGGCCGCGAGGGCAAUGACCUCGGACUCCGCAGACAACACGCGCGAGCACGACUGCGUGCCGCCGGGCAGUGCGCCCGGCCGGACGCUGUUGUCGCCCGCGGAGACCGGCAACGCCAACAUCUUCUUGUUGGGCCCGCGGGACGCGCCCACGGUGCUCGACAUGGGCGAGCGCGUGCUCGAGAAGGGCAAGGCGCACCUGUACCAGAUCCUCGUGCCGGGCCUCGAGAACCGCGCGACGUGCUUCCCGGCGGUCUCGCGCGACCCCUUAUUGUUGCCAGGGUUCCUGGACGCUCCUGGGGCGCGCCACGAGGGGCUCUCUCUCGACCCGCUGGGCACGCUGGACAGCGCGGCGGCGACCGAUCAGCCGCCGCUGCCUCCCGUGACCAUCGCGUUCUGCGCCCCGGGCAACACGGGGACUCUUGCCAAGGACGUCGGCCAGCGCACAUUCGACGCCGCUAUCGCGCUGUACAACACGGCCGUGCGCCGCAACCUGCUGCGGUACCGAGGGUACGAGUGCCAGGAGCUCAGCGGGACGUUCAUGUGCGCGUUCGAGUCGCUUGCCGACGCGCACCUGUGGGCAGUGGCAGUUCAAAAGACCAUGCGGGAGCUGGCGUGGCCACGGCGCCUCGUCGCGAACCCCGCGACGGCCACGGGGCUCGUGGUCCGCGUCGGCAUCUACGAGGGCGUGCCCGUCUCGAUCGUCCCGCACAGGUCGACGGGGCGCGCGGACUAUUUCGGGCCGCUCGUCAACCGCGCCGCUCGCAUGUGCUUCUCCGCCGCCGCCCCCGGCCAGAUCGUGGCACCGGUGGAUCAGACGGUCCGCGCACUGAUCGAUCUCGCCGGCCGCGAGCGCCGCGACGGCAGCGGAGGCCAGGAGGUGGCGGUAGCGCUGGAACACGUGUCGACGAACACAGAGGUGCUGCAGCUGCUGCCGCUUGAGACCGCGGCCGCUCUGGCGCGGUGCGCGAAGGCACCGGCUGAUCUGUUGGCGGAGUUGCCCAAGUCCAUGAGGGCCCUGCACGCAGCGGCGGCGCAGGAGGCCAACUCAGGGCGCUUCCGGCUCAAGGGCAUUCAGGGCGAGUUCGAGCUUGCGUGCAUGACGAUCGUUGAUGAGGGAGGAAGCACCGGACCGGCCGACACCCCUGCGCCGACGAUCAAAGCGCGCAAGAAGGGCGCGCAGCUCGCAGAGGGACGCGGCCUCGUGGCGACAGCGCACCUCGUCAUGGCGUACCCGACGUGCGGCCGGCGGACCGUUGCCUUUGAUGUGCGCGACAGCGACAACGUGUCGCCGGCGCCCUCCGGCUUCCCACAGGGACAAGCGGCGGCGCAGCUCGGGGCUGCUCCUGCCGAUGGCCGCCGCGCGGUCACGGGCGGAGCGAACGAGGGACGCAAGGCGCUUCCCGCGCAAGCAGAUGCACACGACCAGGUCUGA